UUAAGUUGAUCAAUUCAUUCACUGAAAAUGCAAGUGUAUCUAUUUUCUUAUCUUGUGAAUCUGAUUGAUUAAAUUGUAAUUCAGAGUAUAUUUUUAAGUCUUGUCCAAUCAGUGCCCACAGCAAAAAAACCCUGUAAUUAUGGAUACAAUUUACAAAGAAAGUACAUUUAAUAAUCUUAAACUGACUCCAGAAAAAUAUAUUAAGAAAUCUAACUCCCAGUUAAUUUCUUUAUUCAAAUAGUCAUAGGUUCUAGAAUUCUUUUUCUUUUCAGAAAAAAAAAAAGAAACCUGAUACAGAUGAGGCAGAACAGUCUUAACUUAAGGCAGUUAUUCUAGAUGAGUUAGAAAUAUAUCAUGUUGUCGAACUCUGCAUCAGACCCAUCAGAACAAAAUAAUUUGAUGCUGUCAGAAAGUGAAGGUGUUACAAAGGAUCAAAAGACAGUAACUUGUGACACCAAUACAGAAAAUUCUUCAGGAAAGGACGGCAGUCCUAACCAAGGAUCAGCAAACAAUAUGAAUUCUCGUGGGCAGUCGAAUCCCACCAAUCAAGUACCUGUACCAGGACAAGCAACUGGCACUAGACAUUUAAGGCCAUGGGAGAAUAUUGGAAACCCACAGCAAAGUGUUCCUGUUGACAGAAUUCUUGAAUUUCUCAUGCAAAGUUUACACUUAAAACAGAAGGAAAUUAAGGAUUUGAAAGACCAUUGUGCCCAUUUAGAACUAAAAAUAAGGAUGGAUAGUUACGAAAAGAAAGUUCUCCCCACAACAAGCAAGGAACCUAUACUACGAUCAAAGUCUGCACCAGAAAGUUCUAAAUUUCCAGACUUUAGAAAAUCGUCUGCCCCAGAAAUAUUUCUAUUUCCUGAUACAAAAUAUAGAAAUGACAAAAGUGUUGCUGACAAUAAGAAUCAGAAUAGAGAAGAUGUUGCUAAAAAUAUAGGUUCAAGCCCAGUGAGUGCAGAUGGACUUAGCAGUACUGGUGAUUCAGAUUUACAGUCGUCGGAAAAAGAUUCCUGCGAGUUUCAGAGUUUGAGGGACAGCUUUCAAGAACCACCAGGUGUUUCAGCACAGUACUUCAACAAUGUGAUCAAUGAGUUAAUGAAGACAAAGAUCUGCCUAAAUAAUCUACAGAUGAAACAGAAAGCUCAAAGUGAUGGUGCUGCAAAUGAGAAAGAAAUGGAAAAGAUGAGAACUGAAAUACAACAACUUAGAUUGACCAAUCAGAAGUUAAAGAGAGAUCUUGAUGCAAAAGAGGCAGAACUAGCAGAAAUGGCAAAAUUGGAAGCUGAGCCUGUCGCAGUCAAAGAUGAAAGUUUUGAACUGAGUGCAGAAAGUGAUCCAGAUAUGAUGGAACAGUCUAAAGAUGAGAGCAAUCCAAGUUCACAAGGGUCUACUGAAGCAGAAAUUCAAAGGUUGCGAGAGGAAGUUGAGGAACUCACCACCCAGAAUCAAGUUAUCAAAGAAGAAAAGAAAGAGUUGGAGAGCAUACUGAUGAAAGAUAACCAUGACAUAAAUCGAGAGCUUAUUCAGUUAAAUGAUGCAUACGAUGUUUUGAAAGAAAAUGUUAAAAUCUUAAGCAAAUGUCUUCAGGAGGAGAAAGCAAGGUCAAAGAAAAUAGAUGAAAAACUGAGAAUUAAAACAGAAGAAACCAGAAAGAUUUCAGCACAGCUUGGCCGUCUUAGGCAACAUUAUGAAGAGCUUCAACAAGAAAAGAAAGCCAUGGAAAAGACACGUUCACUGGAGGAGUCUCCAAGUAUGAGGUUUUCAUCUUCAAGAAGCCGGACAGUGUCAUCAGAAACCAACAGAUCAGGUGGUAGCAAUCGCUCGGGCGAGUUGCCUCGUUAUGGCUCUAAUCAGUCUAACUACUCACCAUUUAAUUCACGAAGCAGCAAUUAUGAUUCUUAUAACAUACGACCAGAAAAAUGGCCUCCGAGGUUAACCCAGAACGAUUUGUCCUCUGGAGAACAAGAGCCGAAAAUGUCCAAUCUUCCACAGUUUGGUGCAGCAUCUGCCCCAAAAUUUGAAUGUCCCCGAUGUUGGCAGAGGUUCCAGGUGGAAAACUCGUACCUUAUUCAUUUGCAGUCAUGCUUAGAGUGAGAGUUGUGAAUGUAUUUUAAAGAGGAAUGCCUCCUGGUUUAUGUUAGAUUUUUAGCUCACCAGAGCACAAAGUGCUCAAGGUUAGCUAUUGUGACCGGUCAUUGUCCGGCGGCGUGCGACGUCCAUCAGCAUUUGCCUUGUGAACACUCCAGAGACCCAAUAUUUAUGAAACUUGGUGAGAAUGUUUGUCUUGAUGAUCUCUAGGUCAGGUUCGAAACUGGAUCAUGUGGGGUCAAAAACAAGGUCAGUAGGCCAGAUCAAAUGAAAAUCUUGUGAACACUGUAGAGGCCACAGUUGUGACUCAAUCUUUAUGAAACUUGAGUUUGAAACUGAGAGAAUUAGUCAGAAUGUUUGUCUUGAUGAUUUCUAAGUCAGAUUUGAAUCUGGGUCAUGUGGGGUCAAAAACUAGGUAACCCAGUCAGAUCAAAGGAAAAGCUUGCUAACACUCUAGAGGCCUAAGUUGUGAACCUAUCUUUAUGAAACUUGGUCAGAAUGUUUGUCUUGAUGAUCACUAGGUCAGGUUCGAAACUGGGUCAUGUGGGGUCAAAAACUAGGUCAGUAGGCCGGAUCAAAGGAAAAGCUUGUGAACACUUUAGAGGCCGCAGUUGUGACUCAAUCUUUAUGAAACUUGGUCAGAAUGUUUGUCUUGAUGAUUUCUAGGUCAAGUUUGAAUCUGGGUCAUGUGGGGUAAAAAGCUAGGUAACCCAGUCAAAUCAAAGGAGAAGCUUGCGAACAUCUAGAGGCCUAAGUUGUGAACCUAUCUUUAUGAAACUUGGUCAGAAUGUUUAUCUUGAUGAUCUCUAGGUCAAGUUCGAAACUGGGUCAUGUUGGUUCAAAAACUAGGUCAGUAGGCCAGAUGAAAGGAAAAGCUUGUGAACACUCUAGAGGCCAGGGUUGUGACUCAAUCUUUAUGAAACUUGGUCAGAAUGUUUGUCUUGAUGAUUUCUAGGUCAAGUUUGAAACUGGGUCAUGUGGGGUCAAGUGACCCUAUCUUUAUGAAACCUGGUCAGAAUGUUUGUCUUGAUGAUCUCUAGGUCAAUUUUGAAACUGGGUCAUGUGGGGUCAAAAACAAGGUCAGUAGGCCAGAUGAAACAAAAAGCUUGUGAACACUCUAGAGGCCACAGUUGUGACCCUGUCUCUAUGAAACUUGGUCAGAAUGUUUGUCUUGAUGAUCUCUAGAUCAAGUUUGAAACUGGGUCAUAUGGGUCCAAAAACUGGGUCAUGUGGGGUCAAAAACUGGCUCAGUAGGCCAGAUCAACUCUGGUGAGCGAUAUAGGGCGGAUGAUCAGGCUGGUCUGGAUCCAUGCAGGUCGCAAACCCACUAUGUUGGUUUUCUCAUGGCACGGCUAUAUUAUGUUAAAGUAGUAUCCACAUGUUUUGUAUGUAGUGAAAGGACCUUGAGAAUGAAAGUUGUCAAACUUUAACUAGUAAUUUUGAAAAUUCUUGCCUACUAAAGACUUAUUUGUGUUGUCUCUGCAACUUCAAAGACAUUUUAAUUCAAUUGAUUACAAAUUGUUUUUAGCUCACCUGUAGUGACGAGGUGAGCUUUUGUGAUCGUCCGUCCGUCGUCCGUUCACAAUUUCUUGUGAACACGAUAGAGACCACAGUUUGCAAUCAAUUUUAAUCAAACUUGCACAUAACUUGUAUUGGCAUAAUAUCUCGGUUCCUUUCAAAAACUGGCCAGAUCCCAUCAUGGGUUCCAGAGUUAUGGCCCCUUAAAGGGCCAAAAUUUACUAUUUUUGGCUUGUGAACAAGAUAGUGACCACAUUUUGCAAUCAACUUUAAUCAAACUUGCACACAAGUUGUAUGGGCAUAAUAUCUCGGUUCCUUUUGAAAACUGGCCAGAUGGUUCAACUUGUAUUGGCAUAAUAUCUUGGUUUCUUUGGAAAACAGGCCAGAUCCCAUCAUGGGUUAGAGAGUUAUUGCCCCUUAAAGGGCCAGAAUUUGCUAUUUUUAGCUUGUGAACACGAUAGAGACCACAUUUUGCAAUCAACUUUAAUCAGACUUGCACACAACUUGUAUUGGCAUAAUAUCUUGAUUCCUUUCGAAAACUGGCCAGAUCCCAUCAUGGGUUCCAGAGUUAUAGCCCCUACAAGGGCCAAAGUUGCUGUUUUGGGCUUGUGAACACAAUAGAGACCACAUCUUGCAAUCAGCUUUUAUUAAACUUGCACAUAACUUGUAUUGGCAUAAUAUCUUGGUUCCCUUUGAAAACUGGCCAGAUCCCAUUAUGGGUUCCAGAGUUAUGGCCCCUUUAGGGGCCAAAUUUUGCUAUUUCGGCUUUGCAGCCAUAUAGAGACUUCAUUUAUGGUUUGAUUUGAUACAAACUUGCAAAUUAACUCUUACCCUAACCUGUCAGAUCCAAUCAUAGUUUCUAGAGUUAUGGCCCCUGAAUGAACAUUGAAAGUGCCAAAAUAUGUUAAUUUUUACCUUGUGAACAUGAUAGAUGCCGCAUUUUGCAUUCAACUUUAGAAAAUCAUGCACACAACUUUAAUCACAAUAAGAUAUCGGUUCCUGUUGCUUGAAGGUCAAGGUCACACAUGGAGGUCAAGGUCAGCACUUAUCCAUAAAAUAGUUAUGUCUCAGCAAUUAUUGAUGGUAUUGGUUUUGAAACUUAAUGCAUGCCAUCAGGUUGACCUAGACACUAUGCACUUAUUUUAUAUCUGAUUACCUCCCCUGAUUUUAAUCAAAAUGGAUUUAUAUCAGUAAGUACUUAUAGGACUCAUUUGAAAUUUCGUUAUUGUCAUAAGUUGGACUGAGACAAUCAGGGUAGAUAACUAUGGACCGAUUUUAUGUCAAAUUACCUCCCUUUGUUUAAAAGUAAAAUGGGUGUAUCUCAGUAACCAAUGAAGAUACUGAUUUGAAAUUUCAUUUAUGCCAUCAGAUGGACUUGGACAAUCAGGGUAGAUAACUUUUGACUGAAUUUAUGACAAAUUACCUCCCUUUAUUUUAUGUAAAUGAAUAUACCUCAGCAGCAUCUAAUGAGAUUGGUUAUAAAUGUUAUUUAUGUCUUCCAGGGUAAGGAAUAGUCAUGCUAGUACAAAAAUGCAACAUUUGAGCCUAGGACCCUCAAACUUGGUUUGGAGAUUGGCCCUUACUAGUGACCCAUAGGUCAAAAUGGACUGUUACAAGAAAAUAUUUAUCCUGAUGAUAUUUAAUGUGUAUGCCUAUGUGAUCUAUGUCAAAACUUGUUCUUAUCAUUAUGAGCAAUGGUACUCAGGUGAGCGAUAUAGGGCCAUCAUGGCCCUCUUGUUAUCAUAUUAAGAAAAAAAAUGUCUAGUUUAUAUGUGCGAUAAUUUACAUCAGGUCACAUACGAGGGCCAUUUUGAAAAUAAUGACAAUCAUGCUGGAAUAUGGUACACUAAGUACAGACUUCAAAUUUAGUUUAUCCCUUCAAAGAAUUAGCCCUUAACUUGCAUGCAGUUCUGCAGUUGUGAAAUCAGAGGUGAAUGCUGCAGAGUGGUCUCCCCUUGGUAUGGUCUUAAGUAACAAAAAAUGCAACUCCCAAGUUCUUUAUGACCCAGUCAUAGUGUCAUGUUUUGGCCGCGUCAUUGUGCCCGAUUUCUGACAACCAUGUUUUGGAAAAUUGUCGUCACAUGUUAGCCACAUGAAAGCCAUGCUGUUGCCUUGUUGUAGUCCGGAUGUGACACAAUUGAGAAUAUCGAAGUCGAGUUAUGCCUUGCUGUUACCAUGUUGUUCUAUGCUGUUAUUCGUUAUGCCUCGUUGCUGCCACGCUGCACCUAGGGCAGCUAAAACUUGUCACGCAUUUUCUGGCUGACUGGCCUAAAUAAUCAAUAUAGCUAUAUGUGGCAGCCAAAACAUAACACUAAGACUGGGGCAUUAUCAACCGGCCGGACACACUAUGUUCAUCUUCUGUUAUAUAUUAUGUUUUUGCUACAUUAUACUACAUUGUACUACGUUCUCGCUGAUAUGUAUGGACCAAAAUAUGGUAUAUAUAAUGACACAACAUCUUAGCAAUAAUAUGGGAGUUCUGAACCAAUUGUUGCUUUUCUUUGCUGCUUAGGUUCUAGUUGGUGUUUUCAACAUUUUCUUGUGGGUUUCUGUUAUUUUUGUCAUUGCCGCUUACCCUAUUUUCAUAUGCACAUAGCUGGUACAUGUGCUGAUCUUUGUGCUGAUUUGUUUUUGUCAUUGUCCUCACUUUAGUAACCAUAUCAACAUUAUCUCCAACAAAAUUAUAUUCAGGAUGCAUUGAUGUCUGAAACUGUUACAAACUUUCCUCCAGUUCUUCUUUUUUCCAAUUAAAGCAGAUCUAAAUCAGAUUCAUCAUCACCAUCUUUGAACAUGCUUAUUAUGUCUGUCAGAUAUUCAAUCUGAAGCAUGAUAUGUUGCUCUCUGCAUCUAGAUAUACUUAGUUUUGUCAAUCCUUUUGGUCUGUGCCCAACUGAAAGUCAUCAUGCUUUUUGAUUGCAACGAUAUAGCUAUGGCAGUCCCCUGUUGACUGUAUCCUGUUGCAUGCAGAUUUCUUCAGUCCCCCUUUAAGCAAAACUUUAUCAUUUAUACUCUUCAAGCUUUUCAUAUCUAUUCAGAAAGUAUUCAGGAGCUAACAGCCAGUUCGAACAUUAGUGCUAUACUGUAAAAACAAAAACAAAAGUAAAAGUUUCAUCCUGUGGUUCAGUAAAAAGUGUACCCUGAUACAUGAACAACAUCAUAAGCAUUUAGUUUCAUUUCAGCAAUACAGCAAAUAUCAUACUGAUUCACAAACUCUGUGAAUUCUGGUAUUCUUAACUUCAAAGACAAUCCACAAACAUUUAUAGAUGAGCAUUUAAUAUAUAAUACUGGAAUUGUUCGGUAAACUGUAAAUAAUCAAAGGAUUUAUUUAUAUCCUGAAACAUUGUGACUAGAAUCACUCAAAGAAAUAUCAACUGGAACAAACUGACUAUCGUUGGUUUAAAGUGUCUGAAAAAUACAACUUCUCAUCCCUCUUGUCUCCCUAGAUGAGAUCUUUCAACCCGAGAGCCUGGAGUCUGGAUCCACUUGAAUCUGGAAAGUUCAUCAGGCGAUGUGAUAAUAACAUGAUCCUUCUUAAAGGUACAAUGAAUGUUGCUGUCUUUGACUAAGACCUGGGUAACACCAGGAGCAUUCUUCACAACUUCGCAUAGUCUCAUCCUCAAAGGGGUGAGAUCAUGUUAUAUAAACAUCUUUGUACUUUUUAGCUCACCUGUCACAAAGUGACAAGGUGAGCUUUUGUGAUCGCGCGGUGUCCGUCGUGCGUCCGUCCGUAAACUUUUGCUUGUGACCACUCUAGAGGUCAAAUUUUUCAUGGGAUCUUUAUGAAAGUUGGUCAGAAUGUUCAUCUUGAUGAUAUCUAGGUCAGGUUUGAAACUGGGUCACGUGCCUUCAAAAACUAGGUCAGUAGGUCUAAAAAUAGAAAAACCUUGUGACCUCUCUAGAGGCCAUAUAUUUCAAUGGAUCUUCAUGAAAAUUGGUCAGAAUGUUCACCUUGAUGAUGUCUAGGUCAAGUUCGAAACUGGGUCAUGUGCCAUCAAAAACUAGGUCAGUAGGUCAAAUAAUAGAAAAACCUUGUGACCUCUCUAAAGGCCAUAUUUUUCAUGGGAUCUAUAUGAAAGUUGGUCUGAAUGUUCAUCUUGAUGAUAUCUAGGUCAGAUUUGAAACUGGGUCACGUGCGGUCAAAAACUAGGUCAGUAGGUCUAAAAAUAGAAAAACCUUGUGACCUCUCUAGAGGCCAUAUAUUUCAUGAGAUCAACAUGAAAAUUGGUCAGAAUGUUCACCUUGAUGAUAUCUAGUUCAAGUUCAAAAGUGGGUCACGUGCCAUCAAAAACUAGGUCAGUAGGUCAAAUAAUAGAAAAACCUUGUGACCUCUCUAGAGGCCAUAUUUUUCAUGGGAUCUGUAUGGAAGUUUGUCUGAAUGUUCAUCUUGAUGAUAUCUAGGUCGAAUUCGAAACAGGGUCAUGUGCAGUCAAGAACUAGGUCAGUAGGUCUAAAAAUAGAAAAACCUUGUGACCUCUCUAGAGGCCAUACUUGUGAAUGGAUCUCCAUAAAAAUUGGUGAGAAUGUUCACCUUGAUGAUAUCUAGGUCAGGUUUGAAACUGGGUCACAUGCCAUUAAAAACUAGGUCAGUAGAUCAAAUAAUAAAAAAACAUUGUGACCUCUCUAGAGGCCAUCUCUAGAGGCCAUACUUU